UUAGCGGAAAUAAUUUUCUGAUCUCGUUUCGUCACUCACCGCGAGGCCGAUCAGCUGUCCGUCGGUCACUUUAAAUUUAUUUUAUUUGCUUUUUAACAAAGGAGAUUUGGGGGCAAAAAUGUCUUCCAAUAGCACGACAGAUCCGAGGAGGCUAAAUAAAAUUAUACGGUACAAGCCCCCCAGCACAGAGACCAAUCCCACACUGGAGGACCCAACUCCCGACUACAUGAACCUGCUUGGCAUGAUCUUCAGUAUGUGUGGACUGAUGCUCAAGCUGAAGUGGUGUGCCUGGAUCGCGGUCUACUGCUCUUUCAUCAGCUUUGCAAACUCAAGAAGUUCAGAGGACACCAAACAGAUGAUGAGCAGCUUUAUGUUGUCCAUCUCAGCAGUUGUGAUGUCCUACCUUCAAAACCCACAACCGAUGUCACCACCAUGGUAACCAUGGUAACCUAAAGGCUAGCGUGAGCGCUUGGCCCCACGAGACCACUCCCCGCUUGUCUACUUAACCUUUAACAACAACAGACAUGGAACCGAGUUUAAUACAAAGGACCGAGAAUAAACAAGGAUAGAGGUGUAGGAGAUCGUGCUGUAAAGAUGUAAACAAUAUCAUUCUUUUUUUCUUCCGUUUUUCCUCUUUUGAUUAGUCCGGCUUUUUACAACUUUACCAAUUUGCCUACUUAUUAUUGAAUCUACUGAAUAAAGUUUUACAAUUUAAAACUA